ACAAUUCCAGAAAUUUAGUCGAUUUUUAAUGGGACUGCGGGACAGUAGCAAAUGCUAAAGGUUUAUUGUUGUUUUUCGUUGGUGGACUAAGAAAAAGCAAAAAAAAAAAUUAAAAAAAAAAGAAAAUAAUAAAGAACAAUUAAAAAAACAAGUGUCUCGAAAUAUUUAUAAUCAAAGUAUACGUGAUACAGUUUAUGGAAAUUUCCUAAAAUUCAUUUUUACUGUUUUCUAACAAAAAAAAAAAAAAAAAAAAAAAAAAAAAAUCGUUUGUUUCAAUAAGCGUAACGAUCACGGUCAACAGCAGCAGCAUUGAGAAUGGCUCAGGAAACCAAAAUCCAACAGCAACAACCACAAGAAUCCGCCGGAGAUGAGAUCACCACAGCUCCGCCAGGUGAUGAAGAGGAGAUCGAAGAAAUCGAAAUACCUCAAAAUAAAACCGUAAUGGAUAAAUUGCAAAUGAUUUGCGAGAAAUUUGCCGCAACUGGGAUGGGUCAGACGAUAUUGGGAAGCUGUGAUCGGGUGCUGAAAGUUUUGGAAGAGACAUCGAAAUGGAGUUUGCCACAAGAUGACACCGAUGCCAAGCUGGAACGACCUCUUCCCUGGAUAUUCUUCAUACCCCUGAUUGUGUGGUUGCGUGUCAUUCGAAUGUGGCUAUCCUUUGUUUGCAUCAUGAUGGGCGGUUCACCCAUGACAGCUGAAAAAAUGGUCUAUAACAUUCAGAUUAAACGUCGUCGUUUAAGAGCUAUCCGAGUACCCGCCUUGAGGGCUGCUCGUCGUAUGGAACCGGAUUCAAGUGGCAUGAUGGUUUCUGGUAAAAAUCAAACCUUUAUGGGAAAGAUUCGUUCGCUAUUUGGUAGUGCUGUUUGCAAGCCGGGCCAACGUCGUGAUGUACCGUCAAGACGUGCUUUUGGCAUGGGGAAUAUAUCGAAGGUGAUGGAGGAAAUGUCGGGUGAACGUUCCGUUAAACGGCCACGUGAUGAUGACAAUGCCGAUCUCAAUAUGACUGUGGAUCAAAUGUUAGAAAAAUACGCCAAUGAAGAUUCUGAGGAUGAUUCAGACUAUGUGCCAAACGAAGAAGACGAGGAGAGCUCAUCAUCGUCUUCUAGUGAGAGUAUUUCCAGUGCUGAAGCUGCAGAUUUGUCCAAAUCUAAGGCCUCCAAGGAUCAAUCGUCAUCUCUGGAUCACAGUGUGGUUGAGGUCAAAGAAAACGGCGGGCCUAAACAUCGGCCAAUGCCCAAGCCCAUAGCCGAUAUAAAACUGGAACCCAUCUCAGAUGCUGACAGUGGCAGUGACAUGGCAAAAACGCCAAAGCCGCAGAGUGGUGAAACGAACAAAAGUGGAUCACAGACCAAAAGCUCAACAGAAGUCGCCACAGUUGAAAAACAGCAGCAACAAAAAGACCAACAGCAGCCACCACAAAAACAACAGCAAUCACAACAACACCAAGAAAAAGAAAAGGAACAGCAAAAGGAAGUUCUAACCCCGAAAAACCAACAUAAAUUAAAUAUAAUUCAAGAUCCGGAAGCUAAACAGAAGUCAACACCUGGUCAUGAGUCAGCAGCCUCCUUAAAACCAGUUUUAGGUGCUAAAACCGCAGCAGCAUCCCAACAGACCGCGAGUCCCAAACCUCCAAGUCCCCAAGUGACAACAUCACCAACUUUCCGUGAGAAACAUUAUCGAACGAUUACAACCGAAACAUCCAUAACCGAAUACGAUUGGUCCAUAGUUGUUAAGACCGAAAUUACCCAAAGAAAAUCGUCGCCGGCAUAUCGAAGAUCAUCGCCAACAUAUCGAAGAUCAUCGCCCGUGCCCAUUCCUAGAGAUGCCCCUUCUUCUUUUCAGUUAACACCCGCCUCAUCGACUGAGGAUAUUUUCUAUAGCCCCAUUGGCUCCCCACAAGAUUUCCAUCACAUCUUUCAUCCAGCACCCAUUGUAAAAGUUACUCCAGCUGAAGCCCACCACUCAACACCCAAGGAGGCUGAUGAACCAAAUGAUAGUUCGGCUUCCGAAACACCUGAAAGACAACAAAAGAAACCGCAAAAUAAACAACAGCAACAUCACCAUUAUCAGCAACACCACCACCACAACAACAAGAAUCGCAAUAAAAAUCGUCGUUAAACUUUUGUGGCCAAUUCCUUUCCUUUUUUCCUCCUUUUUUCCAAAGUUUUUCUAAUUUAUUUCCCCUUUUCCUCUACUUAAAAAAUAAUAUUUGUUAAAUCUUAAUUUUGUUAUAAUUGAAUUUCAAUAAAACUAAUAUUAUAAAUUUUCUUAUAAAA